AUGAGAGGAACACAGAAUAUUCUUUGCACCGUACGAAGCUUUUCCACAACAAGAACCGUACUUGGACUCCGAACAAAGACAAAGAUCAAUGUAGCAUUAGUGAAGAAAAAUAUUCCUGUGGAUCGGAAGCAGCUAGAAGCUUCAGCUUUGAAGAAGAGGAAAGACUUCAACAACACACCUGUGAAAAAUGCGUCUGCGCAAAAGUUACUUACACAACUUCUAGGUCGGGAAUUCCCUGAAAACGAACCCAUUGGCCCCGACACUCCUUUAACUGCCAAAGAACUAAUCACGAUUUUCAGUCAGCGUAAUUUGAGGUUAACAUUCAAAGUUCUCGGGACAUCAGGACGGCAAAUACAAGAUUCUUUAGUGGUAGAUGAAGACGUUCAAAAACUACUAGCGAAGAACGAUUUAUUACGGGCCAAACAACUCGCCAGGAUGGCACGUUUUCAAGGCCUUUUUGCUUAUGGAACUAUAUUGCAAUACUUGUUAGAACGUGGACAAGUGAAUGAUGCAUUUGAAGUAUUUAUGGAUUUGAAGAAACGUGGCUACAAAACUAAGGGGAGGUUUUACAACAUUCUCAUAUCUGGUUAUGCGGACUCAACAUCCAAGUUUAAUGGGAAGGCAGACAUUUCACAGCAAAAGGUAGAACAACUCUAUCGAGCGUUUCAAAAAGAUCACGCUGAAAACAAUCCGGAGAUUUCAAUAAUUCACGUAAACUCUUUAUUGAAAGUCCUUAGAAAGGCGAAAAGAGUAGAUUUGGCCUUACAUUUGUACGAUUCUUUGAAGAGUGUAAGAACCGGGAAGCUCAAGCUGAAGCCAGACGUCAGAACUUACACCGAAAUGUUACGUAUAUUAUCCGGUGCUAAUCCAGAGGAGAACGGUGUUGAUUUCACAGAUAUUGUCAACAGAGCAGAGACGAUUUUCUACAAUGCGCAAAAUAACCUUCACAUAAAGAUCGACUCAUUUCUUGUACGCGCAUAUGUCAGUUUAUACGCCUAUUGCGACGACUUAAAACUGCGUGGACGAGCUAUCACUAUUUUGAGAGAAUGGUUCCGGAUCUGCUCUUUAGAAGAUAUUCAAAAGGAGGUGAACAUCAAGAACUAUAGUGAGAAAAUCUGGGGCCAAGUUCUUGCCAAGAAAGGUAAAAAGGUGCUGGAUGCCAACAGAAGUCCUCGAAUGUUGUCAAGCGAAGACAUAAAUUCGCAAAAAAAGAAACGGUUUGAGCCUGAUGAGGCCGUUUUGAGGAUGAACAAAGAACUCAGCGAGUUGUUCAAUAUGCCUGUCACAUAUAAAGGGAACAGAGUUCACUGA